AUGCAACCUCAACGUCCAGGACUACUGUCAGGGGGAAGGCAUCGACGAAGACCCCGGCGGAAAGUGGUCGUACGUGAUUUGCCGCCCACCCUGCCUGCCGAGGUGUUUUGGCAGAGUGUUUCACCUUGGGUCCAGUGCACUGUGACAGGGGAGACAGCUUUAUCGCGAGAUCGGCCUAUCCAGCCAGCUCCAGGUCACGCACCUACUGCGCUCUAUGCUGAAUAUGUCCCGGGCAAGAAACGCGAGACCGCGGCGGAGACCGACGUUCCGUCAGUGGCGUAUAUACAAUUUCGCGAUCCAGCUAAAGAGCUUGCAUUUGCCAAAGCCUUCCACGGUCAUGUGUUUCGCGAUAGCAAGGGUGUUGAAUCUACAGCCCUGGUCGAUUAUGCCCUUGUCUCGACAUUGCCUACGAGUCGCAAGCCACAGCCUGAUCCCUUGAUAGGCACGGUGGAGCAAACGCCGGAAUUUCAGGCCUUCCAUGCGAUGCUAGCGUCCUCGGAGAACGAAGAUUCUGAGCCGACGCCGGCGAUGUCCACGACUUCGGCGCUCGUCCAGUUCUUGCAAGAAAGCAAAAAGGCUAAGGAGAAAAAGAAGCGGCGGUCGGCCAAGGACGAAAAUACCAAGAAGAAGCCCGGCACGAUUGGCUCGUCGGUACCGAAAGGUACGACGCACGAGAAACGACCCCCUCUUGAACUAUCGGCGCUGCGACCUGCGCCUUCUACGCCCGCAGAUGUGGCCGAGCAAAAAGCCAAAGCGAUUCAGCUAGCCAAGGCGCAGCAGCUACAAGAUCGACGUGAUGCACAAUGUGCUGAGGCGGCUGGCAUCUCGUUUGAGAUGUUCCAGAAACUGCCCAAGAAAGCCAAGGCGAAUCUUCGACGUCAACAAAUGUCGACGCCUAGCAAGAAAGAGCCAUCGUCGCAGGAUAGAUCGAAUGCUGCUCAUGGUCCCAACGAAACCAAGGCCCAAGGCAAAGCGAAAACGAAAGCAGCGCCUCCCCCUGCUGUUGAUACCCCUAGCGCUUCGAAACCCAAAAAGACGAAGAAGCCUAAACCCGCUACCAUUUUGAAACCGAAAGACGCUGGCGCCGCGCCAGAACGCAAAGCCAUCACUAUACUCAAGCCACCUAGCGCCUCUACACACUCAUCCACACUCUCGUAA